AUGACAUCGAAGCCUACAUCAAGAUGGAAUUUCCUACAACAUGCCGUUGCCUCGGUCGAAUCGAAGCUGGACACCAUCCUCGCAGAAGAAAAUGACCCACUGAGGAGAAGCACUACACCCGCGCAAGCAUCUCGGGACACGGCUCCUUCUAAGAGAAGUAUGCACCAGUCAGCCUCAACAGUCUCGCUCGUGAUUAACGUCUCUAUAGUAUCCUCAGAACUGUCGCGGAGUAGUAGCAAUGCGUCAGCGUCUAAUGACCGGCUUCAGGAACGCCUUGCGCGGGCUAUGGCAAAGAAGAAUGGCAGCCGUCCAGAGACUCCGCCUACUGUCAUUGACCAGUCACCAACACGACCCCCAAAUGAUGAUGCCCCUGCCACCAGUUCUGAGAAUACUAGGCUUGAGAAUGAACCCGAGGUUGAAGGACCACGGGCGGAAAAUGCUUCGAGGACGACUGAGGACGCAGCAUUGGGACCACACGGCGACAGCGCUAUUUCGGGCGAAGACGUGAAGGACCUAGGACUUGAAAACUUGGUCCCAACUACUAAACCUGCUGGCAUCUCUACCGAAGUUACAGGAGUGAGCCAGACACUCUUGAGGGGAGACUCCCAAGAUAUACCGAGGAAAGGUGACGAUGCCUCCAUGAGACCUGAAGCCGAAGAGACAGAGAAGAUCCAAGAAGAGACCGGCACCUACAUCGAAAGAAUAGAUGCUCUGCAGGCAAAGCUUCAAUAUCUAAGCAACGAGGCUGCCCUCUCAGCUAGGCAAGCUGCGACUUCUGCAGAUGGCGGCAGCCUCGAGAGGAAGCUUGCGGAAAAGGAUGAGAAAAUAGCUCUUCUUAUUGAGGAAGGGACAAGAUUAUCAAAAUCUGAAAUGGCUUACCUGACCGCUUUGAAGAGAUUAAAAGCUCAAGUGGUAGCGAAAAAUAAAGAACAAGAAGCAAUGAAACUUCGUGCCGAGAGGGCCGAGCGCUCCUUGAAGACCAUGGAGGAUCGGGCGAGCAAGGCUGAAUCAGCAAGUAAAAAGGCGGAACAGCAGCUCAUGACAAGUUUGAGGACCGUCAGCGAUCUGGAAGCGAUCAAGAAGGAAAGAGAUGCACUCCACGCCACCCUGGCCGAGAUGAAAACGCAGCUAUCAAAGGCAAACUUAAGAGCAGAAGCUGCUGAAAGCAAAGCACAAUCAGAUCAACUGGAGAAGGAACGAAAACGGAUCACUGAGCUAGAGGAUGAUUUGACCAGUGCCAGAGUCGAAAGAGAAAUCUCUGAUGAUAAGUUGCGGAGGGAGAUAGAACACUUACAGGCAACUCUGGAGAAGGAAAAGGAGCAAGCUCGUGCAAUGGAGAGUGAAAUGCUAAGCGAACAAGCCGCGCUGGAGAGCAAGCUCGAGGCUUUCCGUGUUCGUGCAGAAGAGGCUGCAUCGACAGACCAGGGACAUCAGCAGGCGAAACUCCUCCGACAGAUCGAAACACUCCAGAGUCAGUAUGCCUCGGCGAGUCAGAAUUGGCAGGGUAUUGAGAGUACCUUGCUCGGCAGAAUCACCAACCUGGAGAAGGAAAGGGACGAAGUCGCAGCGAGGGAUACGGAUCUGCGAAAGAAACUACGAGAUGCUACCCUCAAGUUGAAAGGAGCCCAGAGAGAACUAGAGAAUCUACAGACUGGGUACGCAGACAUGGAAAAGAGCUUGGCAGAAGCAAACGAAGAAACGGAAAGAUUGGGCCGGAAAGUUCGUCAACUAGAAGAAGAUCUGGCCACCGCUCUGAAGGAGGCAGAGGAACAAAAGGCAACCGCUGCACGCGAAUUGAAACGCAAAGUGGAAGAAGAGAAAGCCAAAUGGACGGCAACAUUGCACAUUCAGCGCACCGAAUCUCCCGCCUUGUCAACCCGCAAGAAUUCGAGUAUGGCUUCCGACAUGAACCAUCUGAUGAGCCCCGUUCAAUACGAACGCCCCAGCAGUCGGAGAUCAUCGGUAAUGCCAGGGGUUGACCCAAAUACACCCCCUCCACAGCAGUCGACCACUUCAUUUAGAGGCGUUCCCACAGGCUCCGUCCCUGAAACCCCCUCUGUGGUGGCAUCUAUGGACCAGGACGAAUACUUCGCUAACAUUCCUCCUACACCUCUCUCAGCAAGUCAUCACUCUCAUCGAGGCGUGAACGAUCUCAUUUCCGCGUCCACCGUCGGGGCCGGUCCUUCAGUUCAGUUGGUCGAACGGAUGUCUGCCAACGUUCGUAGACUGGAGAGUGAGAAGGCGGCAUCAAAAGACGAGCUGCUGCGGAUCGCUACCCAACGUGACGAAGCGAGACAAGAGGUGGUAAGUCUGAUGCGCGAGGUCGAAGAGAAACGAAAGGUUGAGGCUCGGUUGAACGCUUUGGAGAAGGAACAUCAGAGUCUGAAUGAGCGGCACCAAACCACUCUCGAAAUGCUCGGCGAGAAAAGCGAGCAAGUGGAGGAGCUCAAGGCGGACAUCCUGGACGUGAAGCAGAUGUACCGGCAGUUGGUAGAUACCAUGAAAUAA